AUGCUGCGGCACACGUACGCGCACGCGGUCUACCCAGUCACCGGCUACAAGUUUGGGCAGAAAGGGGCCAAGCCGGAUAAGGAUGGGAGCGCAGCUGACCGCAUGGCGCGGCUCAAAGCAAAGUAUGAGCGCGAGGGGCUCAGGCGGUCGGUAGACGCUGUCAUCGUGGUGCAGCAGCAUGGGCACCCACACGUGCUGCUCUUGCAGCUCGGUAAUAGCAACUUCUUUAAGCUGCCUGGAGGCAAGCUCAAACCGGGAGAGGAUGAGGUGGAGGGGCUCAAGCGCAAACUGGUCACGUACCUGUCACCCGAGGACCCCGUGCUGCAGAUGCCCUGGGAGAUUGGAGAGUGCAUUGGCAACUGGUGGCGGCCAAACUUUGACACGGUUUUCUACCCGUACGUUCCGCCCCACAUCACGCGGCCAAAGGAGUUGAAGCGGCUCUUCGUGGUCCCCCUGCUGGAACGCAGCUGCUUCGCGGUCCCGAAGAACUUCAAGCUGGUUGCCGUGCCGCUGUUCGAGCUGUACGACAACGCGCCGCGCUUCGGGCCCGUCAUGGCUGGCAUACCCCAGAUGCUCUGCAGGCUGCGGCUCAACAUCGUGGGCGGAGCGGCGGCAGCCAAGCAGGCAGCAGCACCCCAGCAGCCACAGCAGCCGCAGCAGCAACCAUCGCUGCAGCAGCAGCAACAGCAGCAGCAGCAGCAUUACGCGGCUGUUGGCGGUGGUGGUGGGGGCACACAGUACAUGGAGACGGGUUGA